GACCUUUUUGUCACCUCCGACGCAAUUUUCCCCCCCCUGUCCGUAAAAGAGAACGUCUUUUUGUUCGCCACCGACGGCUAGCUGAUUUCCUUUGCGACAGUGAUGACUAACGAAAAUAAGCAUUCAGAUUGUUCAAAUAUGGCGAAUCAAGGCAUGAAUGAUGCUUCAUCUGCAAGAAAAGGCUCAAUCACUCAUGUAAUCUUUGACAUGGACGGCCUUCUUUUAGGUAUCAACACUGAGAAAUUUUAUACGGAGGUCCAGGAGAUUAUACUUGCUAGGUAUAAUAAGAAUUUUGAUUGGUCACUCAAGGCAAAAAUGAUGGGGAAGAAGGCAAUAGAGGCUGCCAGGGUCUUUGUUGAAGAGACAGGAAUAAGUGAUUCACUUACAGCUGAAGAUUUUCUUGAAGAGAGAGAGGAAAUGUUGCAGAAAAUGUUCCCAACAAGUGACCUCAUGCCUGGGGCCAGCCGCCUGAUUCAUCACCUUCAUGAAAAUGGGAUACCAAUUUGUGUUGCUACGGGUACCCACACGCGGCACUUUGAUUUGAAAACUCAAAGACACAGUGAACUUUUUUCACUGAUGCAUCAUAUCAUUCGUGGUGAUGAUCCAGAAGUCAAACAAGGGAAGCCAUCACCUGAUAUAUUCCUUGCAGCUGCAAACAGAUUUGAGGGUGGACCAGUAGAUCCGCUGAGGAUUCUUGUAUUUGAAGAUGCGCCCUCUGGUGUUCUUGCAGCCAAGAAUGCUGGAAUGUCAGUAGUUAUGAUUCCAGAUGCAAGGUUGGAUAGUACGUAUCAUAAAGUCGCUGAUCAGGUUUUGAAGUCUUUACUUGAUUUCAGCCCAGCCGAUUGGGGUUUGCCUCCAUUUGAAAAUGCAUCAACCAAACUCAAUUAGUUUAGUUUGAUCAUGAUCCUUAAGUUCCCAAACAGAGCCUAUUAUGAGUUCACAAUUCGGAUUUUUGGGGUUCUCCUCUAGUUGGUUAUUCAUAGAAUAUUCAGCUAUACUUAUUAUUUUAGAUAUUGAAGGUCCCUUUAUGUUGAAAUGAAGAAACAGAGGAUUUGUUGUAUUGCAACUCAUGUAUGCCAGCAUGAUAUUUCUUUUGAUAUGGUAAACUCCAUUCUCCCAAUCUCCAAUCCCAGCAGGCAAGUGGCCCUUUUUACCUAGUAAGUUCCCUCUCCCUUGUCAUAUGGAGUUGCUUGUCAAAAGUCUCAAAUGUAGUCCUAUCCUUUCAAAAUAUUAAAUGUCAUAAUUGCAGUUUUGUACA